GCCCCCGAGCAGACGGUGGGGUGUAGACGUGCUGCAGUCUGCAAUGCACACUGUACACUUACGUGCAAAAUUAAGCGGACAGCUUGACCGAAGCCCAGCCUGAGAUGCCGAGCGCGCUUCGAUCGCAGCAGGCCGUGCAGUGAGCUCGCGAGCACCGCGCUCACAGUGCUCACACCCGCGACCUCGGGCGGCCCGGCGAGCCGGGCAUUGCGCUCACUUCGAAAUGUCCAGAUGAAUUUUUAACAGGUUGCAUCGGCAGAAGUGUUUUUUCCGGGAGUGCGCGAAACGAAACUGACGAUUGCUCCACUGACCCAGUGAAAAUGGCACGGAACCACGCGCUGGCUGCCAUCGUGCUCCUCAGCUGCCUGGCCCUCUACUACAACAGCUGCUACUGCGGGUUCGUCUUCGACGACAUCAGUGCCAUCAAGGACAACAGGGACCUGCGGCCGCACUCCCCCUUCGCCAAUGUUUUUUACAAUGACUUCUGGGGCACCCCCAUGCACAAGGAGCAAAGCCACAAGUCCUACCGGCCUUUGUGUGUUUUGACUUUCCGAUGGAAUUAUUUGUACUGGCAGCUGGAACCCAUAGGGUAUCAUCUCGUGAACAUGCUUUUACAUUCGGUAGUUUGCCUCAUGUACUUCAGGAUGUGCUCGAUGUUCCUCCCGGAGUUGUCAAGUUUCGUGGCGGCCAUGUUGUUCGUGGUACAUCCAAUCCACACUGAAGCGGUGACGGGGGUGGUCGGAAGGGCCGAAACCCUCUCGUCGGUCUUCUUUCUGGCCGCCUUUAUGCUGUACACAAAAGCGUCGAGGAGCAAAAAAUCUACAGGCUGGAAAUACCUCAUCCCUUCCAUGAUGUCCAUCGCCACGGCGAUGCUCUGCAAAGAACAAGGAAUCACAGUAGCGGGCGUGUGUGCAGCUUAUGAAAUAUUUGUAACUCAGAAGGUGCGUCUUCCAGAGAUAAAACACGUCGUAAAGGCGGCCAUAACGGCCAAGUCUUCAUACCACUUACCAUGGUCAAGCGAAGCAACCAAAAGGCUGCUCGUGCUUUCAGCCACUACUUUAUGUCUUUUACUAGCGCGCUUACAGAUAAUGGGCUCGCAGUUGCCAGUUUUUACGAGGUUUGAUAAUCCCGCAUCUGUUGCACCUACUCCGGCCAGACAGCUGACCUACCAUUAUUUAAUUAGCGUCAAUCUUUGGCUGCUCCUGUUUCCGUGCAACCUGUGCUGUGAUUGGACGAUGGGGACGAUCCCUCUGGUCGAGUCCUUCGUCGACCCGAGGAAUCUCUCCACCAUCGCGGCUUACACCUUCUUUAUGGCGCUCUUCAUCACGGCCUAUACGACGGAGAACCGGCAACAGCGCGUCACCAUCCUCAUGAGCGUGGCUUUAAUGGCGCUUCCCUUCCUGCCCGCUUCGAACCUCUUCUUCCCCGUCGGCUUCGUAAUAGCAGAAAGAGUUUUAUACAUGCCUUCGAUGGGAUUUUGUAUGCUCGUGGCGUACGGCUGGAGCGUCCUGGCCGAGAAAAAAAGUAAGAAAGUUGCCUGGUUUUUAUUUAGUAUCCUGCUCCUAACGCACGGGACGAAAACUUACUUGAGGAACUGGGAUUGGGAGGACGAGUACUCAAUCUUCAUGUCGGGUCUCCGGGUCAAUCAGAAAAACGCCAAGUUAUUCAACAACGUGGGGCACGCCCUCGAGAGCCAGGGCAAGUACGAGGAGGCCCUGAGCUUCUUCAAAACCGCGGUGAGCGUGCAGGAGGACGACGUGGGCGCCCACAUCAACGUCGGCAGGACGUUCAACCAUCUCAAGAUGUACAAAGAAGCCGAAGAGGCGUAUCUCAGAGCCAAAUCUCUGCUCCCCAAAGCCAAGCCCGGCGAAUCCUACCAGGCAAGGAUCGCUCCUAAUCAUCUAAACGUUUUCCUCAACCUUGCGAACUUGAUCUCCAAGAACUCGACGAGAUUAGAGGAGGCUGACAUGCUGUACAGGCAAGCCAUCAGCAUGAGAGCCGAUUACACGCAAGCCUACAUCAACAGAGGGGAUAUUCUAAUCAAGCUGAAUAGAACCAAAGAGGCACAAGAGGUGUACGAGAGGGCGCUGCUCUACGACAGCAACAACCCCGACAUUUAUUACAACCUGGGGGUGGUGUUCCUGGAGCAGGGAAAGGCGUCCCAAGCACUCGCCUACCUUGAUAAAGCUCUAGAAUUCGAUCCGGAGCACGAACAAGCUCUUUUGAAUUCCGCAAUUCUCUUGCAAGAAUUCGGCCGGCCUGAAUUGCGUAAAAUCGCCCGCGAACGGCUGGUGAAGCUCCUAGAAAAGGACAAGAAAAACGAAAGAGUACAUUUUAAUCUGGGAAUGCUUGCGAUGGACGAGAAAAAUAUCAUAGAAGCCGAGAACUGGUUCCGGCGAGCUGUCCAUUUAAAAGCCGAUUUCAGGAGCUCGCUUUUCAAUUUGGCUUUGUUAUUGGCGGACGAUCAAAGGCCAUUAGAAGCUGCUCCGUUCUUAAAUCAGCUCGUCAAGCAUCACCCCGAUCACGUUAAAGGCUUGAUUCUCCUCGGAGACAUCUAUAUCAAUAAUAUCAAAGACCUGGACGCCGCCGAAAACUGUUAUCGGCGAAUUCUGGAAUUGGAUCCCGAAAACAUCCAGGGCCUCCACAAUUUAUGUGUGGUCCACGUGGAGCGGGGCAAGCUCUUGGAGGCACAAAGCUGCUUAGAGAAAGCUCAUCAGCUGGCUCCGGGGGAAGAUUACGUCCUCAAACAUUUGCAGAUAGUGCAGAACCGUAUCGCCAAAUUAAAACUGAAUCCGAACGACCCUGGCGGAGAGGAAGCGGAGGCUAAUCCGAAGGGCCGCAGCCAGGUCGUUUCCAAUAAAAGUAUAGACGAGAGUGAUAGGAAAACCCGACCUGUGGUGACGGGGGACUCGGAAGAGCAAAGGUAUAGCAGUAGGGUUGUUAAUACUGAACCUAUGUUCGUGAAAAAUGUUGACAAUAUUGACUAUGUCGAUAACGACGCGGAAAAAGUAGAUUUCCCAGAUAGUACAGACCAGAACGUUAGUCAUAAGUGGAACCACGGUAAGAUAAUCGGUACUGACAAUGACGAUCCUUCUUCAGGCAUGUCUUAGCGUUAAAACCAAUUUUAAAAUCAAAUUUAUGUAAUUUUAACGAUUCCCAUUAAAAUAGAGGGGUUUAAGAUUGUACUCUAUCUAAGGACUUUUUUAUACGAGCCAUUAGAUGUAGUGUCCAUUCUGUGAUACUCAGAAUAAUCGUUUUUAAAACUAUUUUUAACUCGGAUUAAGUUAUCUAAGACCUACUGCAGAUGUGACUUAAUGUAUACACGAAGGUUAGCACCGAUCGUUUUUAAUCAUUGCUGCUGAUUCUCUUGUGAUGUUUUAGUGUUAUUAUUUUGCAGGCCUUUGAUCAAAAUCGUGCAUUGUUAUUCUCUCGGUCCGUUUCUAUUUAAUUUCACUGAAUCCGUUGCGAAGUAAUUGUCGAAACCUAUCAAGUCUGCAAAUUGCAUCCGCAACUCCAUUUUCCGAACUAGUGACUUCUGUGAUGGUUUGAUGAAUUUUGAUUAAGGCCUGAAUACGUUUGUGAUGAAUUUGUGAUUUUAUUGCUUUAGCUUUAUGUUGUAACAAGGUGAAUGGUUUUUGUCGCUUUUCGUCUUUAAUUGCUUCGAAAUGUUACUUAAUGUGAUUUUUUUAUUCCUGUAAGUCGUUUAUUAAUUGUCGGUAUGUGGCAUAUCUGUACUAUGUUAAUUAGUAAUAUUGCUACUAAUAUAAUCAAUAAAAUAAAUGUAUUGAUGUAAGGCUUUUUAGCCACUAGUUUUAGAAAAUAUCCACGUGGCCAAAUAUUCAGUAGUUCUCCUUAGCACUUCUCGAUUAUUUUUCUAUUUUCCAAAAAAUUGUUAUUUUUGCUAUCGUGGAUCUUUAUUUAUUUUGUAUUUUGUAAAGGUGCCUUGAAAUCGUUAAUUAAGGCAAAUGAUUUUGUAAUAUAGUAUAAUAAAUAUUUUUCUAUGUUGUCAAACUGUUCAUAGAUUAUAAACAUAAGUCUAUAUUGUGUAAAACUAAUGUGAGAGGUAUAUUUAUCCUAUGACUGAUAAGUUUUCG